UCAACGACGUAAGUCACGUGACUAUAGUUCGUUGGUUCAAAAUAAUUCAAAUUUGUAAACAAAUUGACGAGUAAUGGCAAUAUAAUUAUUAUAUCGUAAAAGGGUAGAGUGCAACGUAAGACUGACAGCCUGAUCAAAGGAAUCUAUUAACUAUUAUCAUUAUUUUUACACGGUAAUAAUCGAAAGUUGAAAGAACGAGUUACGAAGAAAGGUUGAAAAAUCGGCGACAGUGAAAUAUAGUUAUAUUGGAAUGGAUCAAUUGAAAUGGACUACGCCGAUAAAAAAUGAAAAUAAUUGUGAUAGCUUAUCAAUAAAAAGUCCUGUGUUAUAUAAGACUCCUGUGAAGCAUUGCGAAACAAAUUUGAGGCAUGCACAGUAUCAAAGUAACAUGAGUUACUUCACUGUACUUCCAAACCAUAUUACUCCACCGUCUGGUUUGACAAAAUUUAUAGCAAGAAAUCCAUUUGAAACGGAUUUAACUAAUAGACUGCAUUUAUCUGUGAUUAGUCCAACUGUAUUUAGUAAGACUUCUACUCCAUCCCAACAAUCUCCUGAUUUUGCAUGGAGCGUGGAUGAGCUUGCACUGAUACAGCCAGCAAAAAUAGAAGAAUUUCCUAUGCAACAAAUACACUGCAUGGAUCCAGAAACAGAGAUAAAAGCUCAAGCAGCCAUAGAUCAAUUCUUCAAAGAAAAUCAGAUUAUUCCUAGCCCAUGGGAAAUGAAAAGGAAGGACAGUAGAAUAAAAGCAAAAGAAGAUACUCCCAAGAGAGCCUCUAAUAGUUUGCAUUUGGAAUCUUCAAAAACAAAAAAAGAUGGUUGGAGUCAAACAGUAUUAUCCUUGCCGCCAGAAUUGCCGCCACAUGUCGCAGAAGCUUUAAAACCAUAUUUUACAUUUACACAAGAACAAAACGCUGAAAGCGACGACGCUAACUCGAGCAACAAUUCAUUAAGACGAAAAUUGUUUUUUAAUAACGACGACUGCAUGGGAAACGAAGAAGAAGCUUCUGUUUAUCUGUCACCUAUACAAAUGAGUGGAUCUUUAUUGUGUUCUAGCCCUCCGCAAAGUGGGAUGUUAGUCGACGGACUUCCGAUGAAGCAUUUAGAAACUACAUAUGACAAACACGCUACAUCGCAAAUUACCGCAGGGAAUUUAUCAUCUCCUAGUAUAUCUCCUAUACACGGUACGCCACAUAACGUCUCCGGUGAAAAUAUCAGAUCAAAAUUACGUCCAGUUACUCGAUUAGAUUUUACUACAGAAAUGAGUAUCGACGAGCAUCAAUCUAUUUUGUUUCAUAAAGGGUAUUUUAACGAUCAUUCUCUAGACGAACCCCUUGACAAAGUAAACAUACCGACGACGGAAAAGAAAAUGGACGAUUUCGUAUGUUUCGAUACUAAUUCAACGUGCAUUCAAGUCAGCAGCAUCGCAGAGCCCAAAAUUGUUUCCAAAAGUUCAACUCAUUCCGAACGCUAUCCCAAAACAGAAGCUUCCGAGUUUAAUGUUAAACAACUUAACACCUCUAACGCGUUUAAACAAUCGACUGAUUCUUGUAAGAUCUAUACAAAUGAAAGUUGCAUAUUGCAACAAACCAAUGCGACUUUAGGUAUUUCUGAUCAAUACAGUGUUUCUAAUUGUGUACAAGAUACUGGUUAUCAAACGUACAGUAUGAGCAGUACGACGAACAUUAACGAUAGCUACAACACGACACCGGUGAAACAAAAAGCUUCGUGGGAUCAGAAUUUGACUCAAGAUGAGUUUCGUCUAUCCGAUUGGAAAGAAAAUAUGAAGAAUAUAUUUAGCUCUACUCCGUCGAAAACGAAUAGAGAAUGGGAUAAUUACAUACAUUAACUAAUUUUUAUUUGCAAAAUAUACACUCUGAGGAUGUUGGUCGCUUUUAAGUAUGAAGUUAGACUAACUGUACAAAAUUGUCGAAUUCAGAAGAAAUUUAACAUAAAUUUCACUCUAUUAUAUUUAUGUAAAUAUACUACAAUCGCGCUUUAAGCCCGCUCAUUCUCAUUCUUUACAUUUACAAUUUUAUCUGUGUAACAUGUUUUGUUUUUUAAUUGAAAUUUAUUAAUAUAGAUUAUAAUAACAUAUAACGAA